CACUCGUUCAUAGUUCAAGACUAUGGACAGAGUGGCCCACAUGGCAUGCUGAUAGUCAUUGUAUACGUUAAGAACGCUGGGUAAACUAUAAAAGAAGACUUAGAUGCCUCUGUGAGGUAGUUGAAGAGCUCAUCAUCACCAUCACCAUCCAGCAAUCAUGUCAGAGAAGAACAAUGGACCUGUCGCCAUUAACAACGUUACCGAUGACUCUGUGAAUGAUCCAAUACAACAGAUUCUCGAGUACGAAAGAUCUCUAACCUUGUGGCAGGCAUUGUGCAAGUACAAGAAGGCAGUUUUCUGGGCUGUCGUGAUCUCCAAUACUGUGAUCAUGGAAGGUUAUGACACUUCGUUAAUCAGCUCACUCUUUGCCUUUCCAGCCUUCAAAGAGAACUUGGGUAAUCUUAACACGAACGGGACCUAUGAGAUCCCUGCGCCAUGGCAGUCUGGAGUGGCCAAUGCCGCAUCUUGUGGUCAAUUCUUUGGCCUGAUCAUUGCUGCGUGGUGUGUUGAUAGGUUUGGUUAUAGGAAGACCUUGAUAGCAAAUCUGCUUUUCUUCACGGGCGCAAUAUUCAUCGUUUUCUUUGCCAACUCAUUGGGAAUGCUCACUGCAGGUCAAGUGGUGUGUGGACUACCAUGGGGUGCUUUUCAGUCGUUGGCAAUUACCUAUGUUUCAGAUGUCACUCCCGUGGUUUUGAAGCCUUACAUGGCCACCUAUGUGAAUCUCUGCUGGGUGAUUGGACAUUUGAUCAGUGCAGGUGUUUUGCGUGGGCUGCUGAAUAUUAACCAUGAUCCACGCUCAUACAGAAUCGCCUUUGGACUUCAAUGGAUUUGGCCUUUGCCAUUGUGUAUUGGUAUUUUCUUUGCACCAGAAUCGCCGGUGUGGUUGUUGAAAAGAGGGAAAGAAAAAGAGGCAAUGAACUCAGCACAAAGGCUGACAUCUACACAGGAAGAUGCUGAGAGUUUCUAUCGUGCUGCUUACUAUACGAACCUCUUAGAAGUUACCUACGCUGAGAAUUCAAGUUACUCUGACUUGUUCAAGGGUGCCAAUAGAAGAAGAACGCUACUGGUGCUUUAUGCAUGGGUUGUACAAGCGUGGUGUGGUUCAGCGAUCAAUGGGUAUUCAACGUACUUUAUGACUUCGGCAGGUAUGUCAACGGUGCACUCUUUUGACAUUACAAUGGUCAAAAACGUCAUAUCCUUUAUUGGUACAUUUUUCGUGUGGUUUACAAUGAGAUGGCUUCGUAGAAGAUUCAACAUUCUUAUUGGACUCUUUCUCCACUGUGUGGUACUAUUGGUGAUUGGAAUUCUGGGAACACAGUCACCUUUACAGAACUCCUCCGUUUCAUGGGCUAUAGCUGGAAUGAUUCUUUGUUUACAGCUGGUUUAUUCCUCCACUAUGGGUCCCAUUGCCUACCUUGCAUGUUCAGAAUUCCCAACAGCCAGACUGAGAGCUAAAACGGCAUCGCUUGGGAGAAAUCUUUAUCUAUUGUGCUCUAUAUCUCGAGGUGUUAUCACCCCAUACAUGUUGAAUGCGACUGCUUGGAACUGGGGUGCAAAGACAGGGUUCUUCUGGAUGGGAUUCAGCUUUGUCUUUAUGAUCGUGUCCUUUGUCAUCUAUCCAGAGGCAAAGAACAGGUCUCCAAUGGAAAUGGAUUACUUGUUUGAGCACAAGGUGCCUUCCAGAAAGUUCUACACAACUGAAAUUGAUGACAAAGUUGGAGAGGAUUUGAAGAUGUCCAAGGAGAUGUGCAGUAUUAAAUCCAAAUGUUGAGUCCAUUACUGUGAGAGACUCCAACAAUAUAUAACCAUUAUGGCGAGUGAUCAGCUCAUUUAACCUAUACUUCAUACAUAAGCAAUCACAUUCCUUUAUGACAGAAUUAAGCAG